CAUCUUAAUUAGAGAUGUGGAAACAAGAACAAACACAUAGUAAACCGCGCUGGUGAGACACAAGGAAUAAUAACAGAUGUGCUUUGGAAGAAUCUUUCAAGUGCGUUAUUUUAUAGCUUAUAACAUAAUACAUAUAUCAAUAAUAGCACAUAGAUACUGACCGAAACUGAAUUUACAAGAGAGAGAGAGAGAGAGAGAGAGAAUGAAUAGUGUGUGAGUGACAGCGAGCGUGAGCAACAGUCACGCGUGGAUCUCUGAAGACAGAACGACGCGCGCGGGGAUUUACAGCGGUUUUCAUAAUAAAGCCAUCCCUCUAGGCAUCCACACCUCCAUCCUCUCUCUCACUCACGCUCACUCUCUGCACGUUCAUCUCGCGUCCUGACCCAGGCAGUGCCUCCGAUUUUCUCCGCAUCAUCGACCCAAUGAAGGAGCCCGACGCCAUCAAACUCUUCAUCGGGCAGAUCCCACGCAAUCUGGAGGAGAAGGACCUGAAGCCCAUCUUUGAGCAGUUCGGCAAGAUCUACGAGCUGACUGUGAUCAAGGACAAGUACACGGGCAUGCACAAAGGAUGUGCCUUUCUGACGUACUGUGCACGGGAAUCAGCCGUUAAAGCACAAAGUGCUCUUCAUGAACAGAAAACGCUGCCAGGGAUGAAUCGGCCCAUUCAAGUGAAGCCUGCAGACAGUGAGGGGAAAGGAGAGGACAGAAAGCUGUUUGUGGGGAUGUUGGGAAAGCAGCAGUCUGAUGAGGACGUCAGGAAGAUGUUUGAACCGUUCGGCAGUAUCGAUGAGUGCACAGUGCUGAGAGGACCUGACGGCACCAGCAAAGGUUGUGCGUUUGUGAAGUUUCAGAGUCACUCAGAAGCCCAGUCUGCCAUUAACAGUCUUCACGGGAGCCGGACUCUGCCUGGCGCCUCCUCCAGUCUGGUGGUGAAGUUUGCAGACACAGAAAAGGAGCGAGGUCUCCGGCGCAUGCAGCAGGUGGCCUCACAGCUCGGCAUCUUCAGUCCAGUGACGCUCAACUUUAAUGCAUAUAAUGCCUACACACAAGCACUGGUUCAGCAGCAGGCUCUGGCGGCACAGUCCGCCUACUUGUCUCCCGUCGCAACAGUUGCAGCGGUGCAGAUGCAGCAGAUGGCAGCACUCAAUGCAAAUGGUAUCAUAGCCACGCCCAUCGCCCCAAUCACACCAUCUUCUGGUGCAAACACUCCACCCACUAUUGCAGCAACACCUGUGUCGGCUCUGCCUCCACCAAUUGGAGUGAACGGCUAUAGUCCCGUACCGGCAACCGCCAAUGGACAGCCAGCAUCGGAGAUCUACACCAAUGGUGUUCAUCCAUAUCAAGCCCAGAGUCCGGCUCUUCAGUUAGAUCCGCUCCAGCAGGCAUACGCAGGCAUGCAGCAUUACACAGCAGCUUACCCAGCUGCAUAUGGAUUGGUCAGCCAGCCAUUUUUACAGCAACCCACUCUGGUUGCCCAGCAACAACCCCAGCAACAGAGAGAAGGUCCUGAGGGGUGUAACAUCUUCAUUUACCAUUUACCUCAGGAGUUCACUGACUCUGAAAUGCUCCAGAUGUUUCUACCAUUCGGUAACGUCAUUUCUGCAAAAGUUUUUGUCGAUCGAGCCACCAAUCAAAGCAAGUGCUUCGGCUUUGUGAGCUUUGAUAACCCAGCGAGCGCUCAGACAGCCAUCCAGGCCAUGAACGGAUUUCAGAUCGGCAUGAAAAGACUCAAAGUGCAGCUGAAAAGGCCAAAAGAUGCCAACAGACCCUACUGAGACAGAGAACGGAUGGAGAUUACUGAAGCAUUCACGCUGCAGACAGACUCCAUGUUGAGCUGCACAGGUUGAAUUGCUAACAUGUUUGUUAUCUUGCACACUUACACGUGUAUAUGCAAAGAACAAAUAAAAGAUCAUGUACAUAAAUCACACACGCAUUCAAACACACAUGCACACACAGUUACGGAAAGAUGUCUAUAGUAUUAACACAAAAACAAUUAACACAUUAACACACACUGCUUCCUCUGGACCUUCUUAGCUCUACAAAUAAAACAGUAUCAUUUUCAUAGGAAAAACACACACAUAUGACAACAAUUCAAAAUAAAAGAGAAGACCAGCCACAGUAAAUGACCAUAAUCAGGUUUAAAUAAUUACGCUUAAAAAAUGAUCUAUUUAAAAAAGAAAAUAAGAAUAGUUUGCAUUAAAGCAAUGAUGAUAGUUACAGUAUUAUUAUUAUUAUUAUUAUUAUUAUUGUAAAAAAAAAAACAUCGUAAGAUUUCUACUUUUUCAUUAUAAAUGGGGCACAACGGGACUCAGGAAAAUCUGGGCAAGUUUUAAUAUUUUCUCUUUUUAUUUAUCAAUUUAUUCAUAUUUGAAAAACAUGGUUUGGGGUGUGGUCUUUUUGUUUUCAUGUUUUUUAAAGAAAUACAUUAAAACAAUUGUAAAACUUUGUAACUUAUUGAAAUAUGAAUUACAAUGACAAUAUUUAUGUCUUAACUUUUUUGAUCAAAUUUUUGUUUCUAAUUUAAAUAAAAUAAAGGUAUUAAAAUGA